AAAGCGAACCCUAACCCUAAUUUCUUCCUAUCGAAAGCGGCGGCGUUGCCGGGAGCACCAUCGGCUGCGAAUAUGCAGAUAUUCGUGAAGACCCUCACGGGAAAGACGAUCACCCUCGAAGUGGAGUCGUCGGACACCAUCGACAACGUCAAGGCAAAGAUUCAGGACAAGGAAGGGAUUCCGCCCGACCAGCAGCGCCUAAUCUUCGCCGGGAAGCAGCUCGAGGACGGCCGCACUCUCGCCGACUACAACAUUCAGAAGGAGUCCACUCUCCACCUCGUCCUCCGCCUCCGCGGCGGCGCCAAAAAGCGCAAGAAGAAGACCUACACGAAGCCCAAGAAGAUUAAACACAAGAAGAAGAAGGUCAAGCUAGCCGUGCUUCAGUUCUACAAGGUCGACGACUCCACCGGCAAGGUCACCAGGCUGCGGAAGGAGUGCCCCAACGCUGAGUGCGGCGCCGGCACCUUCAUGGCCAACCAUUUCGACCGCCAUUACUGCGGCAAGUGUGGCCUCACCUACGUUUACCAGAAGGCGCAAGGUGAGUGAGAAAGUACCAAUUCCACUAGAUGGCGAAAAUUCCACCCCCAAAAUCGAUCUUUUACUUGUUUUUGGUCUCCAUUUUACUCGAUUUCUCUGUUAGAAAAAUAAUCUAUACAACCUCGUUUUGAGGCAUCAUUAUCUUCUUUGUGAAUCUAACGCUGGAUGACUAAAUGGAUACUCUGCUUCAUAAA